GAAGAGGCAAGAAGCUGCAGGUUUGGAGCCUGGGAAGGCGGAAGUCGCUCUGCUCCUUCACCUUCCCUCUGUCUGGCGGAAACUCAAGCACUGGAAGAGGGGUUCCGGGCCUGGCCUGCCCUGGAGGUGGCCGAAUGGAGACCGGGAUCGUGGUCGGGCCACUGACCCGCCGCCCGUCGCUGGCCUCUUCCUGGGAUGCCGCAUGCGGAGCCCUGGCCCAGAGGCUCCAUCUCACCCGGGCUGAUCUCGGCGCCCGGGACGCCGACUGGGAGGAGCUGCUGGCGCCGCCUGACACGAGCCAGGACCUGGUGGUUUUGAAAAGGAACCUGAACAGCCAAGAUGAAAACCCCUGCUUCCUUUACCUGAGAUGUGACCCUGGUGGAGGUGAAGAAAUCGUUUCUAUUGGCAUUUUAAGUUCAGCAAGAAAUAUGGAAGUAUACUUAGGAGAGGAGUACUGUGGAACCAGUAGGGGCAAGAAUGUUUGUAAUGUUCUGGACAACAGUGAACAUGAAAAGAUUAUUUUGUACAAAAAUUACCUAGAAUUGGAGUCUUCCACACAUGCUUGUAAAAUAAAGUUGCUCUCCUUUGGGGAAAAGCAGUGUGUGUUCAUCAGUAAAGUGGUGGUACACAUGAGGCCAGUUUCCACAAAUUCCUCCGCAAGCUCUCCUGCUCUAGGAUCAAGGAUAGACCUGGAGAGGGUCCAAACCAUCAUGGAGUCCAUGGGGUCAAAGUUAUCACCUGGAGCUCAGCAGUUGAUGAAUAUGGUUAGAUUUCAGCAGCAGAAUUGCGUUCCCAUUGGAGAGCAGCUUCAGUCGGUUUUGGGAAAUUCCGGAUACAAGCAUAUGAUUGGACUACACUCCUCAUCUACCUCAGGAGCCUUCGCCAAGUCAUCCUCCACACCUUUUCCUUUCAGAACUGGAUUGACAUCCGGAAACGUGACUGAAGACUUCAAAGCUUCCGUUGAUAAAAGUGCACAGCCAGCUGGUGGAGGAGCCAUCACAAACCUCCAGGAGUGUAAAAUUGUGCCACAAAACCAUUCUCUUCUUGAGAAUGAUCUUAAGAAAGCAGUAUCUUCUUUCUUACCAAAGAAGGCGAGUGACAGCUCACAUAUACCCAACUCCGAGCUGCUGCCUCUCCUGCAGAAUUUAUGUAGCCAAGUGAGCCAUCUCCGUGUGGGGCCUACCAGCAAGUGGCAGGAAGGCAUCACCGCGCCCGCUGAAGGCACUGCUGGUGUCACAAUGGAAGAGCAACCUAUUUGUUUCUACUUAGAAAAGAUCCUUUCUAAAAAUAUGGAACUGAUGGAAAAGAAGCUUACGGACUACAUUGAUCAGCGAAUAUAUAAACUCCAGGAGCACAUUGAUAAUAAGAUUGCUUUGUUAAUGGACUUGCUGCAACACCCCAACUCCCCACCCUCUGGGAUGCCUCUAAGACAUUAUGACUCUGGAGAAAGACUUUCAAAUGGAGAAAGAUAAGCACUCAGCACGUACUAUGUACUACAGAUAUUUAUUACAUAUUUAUUACAAAGUCAAAACCCCCCAAAAACUUUAUAAAAAUCAAGUAUUUGAUGUUCUUUGAAAAAUCACCAUUUUUUUUCAAAAAGUGACCUCAGUGUUCAUUUUUACUGCACUCAUAAAUCCAGUACUGUAUCAUGAUAGGGUCAUAAGUUAUUUUUGUUUGCAAUAUUUUUCACUUACAGAAAUUUAUGUAUACUUCUGGGCUAAGCGUUUAAGAUUUUAAGAAUUUCUAAUGCAGUUCAUUAGUUUGUGUUGUAUGUGUAUUUCAUAGAAGUACAUUUUUUAUUUAUACAAAGGCUUUAGUCUUACAAGUAUAAAAAAUAAUGCUUAGAAUAUUUGAUAAUUUUUCUUUUUCUAAUUACUUGUUUUUGGAGAAUUGGAUAUUUAAGACUUAGAACCUUUAAUUCAAAUCAGUGAUUUACAUUUUGUAUUAUUUGUCCCAGAUAAUGAAGAAGAUGCUGUAUUUGGCACAUGUAAAAUUAGUUUACACUGGGGUUUUUAAUAUUAUUUUUCCAGUAUAGUGUAACAGUAGGUAGAGAAGUAAAAAAUCAGAACCAGCCUUUCCCUUGUUAGAAUAAUUAUUUUAGAUUUAGUGACAAUGUAAAAUGAGAGAAGUCAUCUUGUUUUAUCUCAGUCAACCCAGAAAGUAUCAGGUUCUCUCUUCCUUUCUGAGUUGAUACAGGUCCCUCUUUUCAGAGCCCUUUUCUGUAUGUUUACAUUGUAAAAUGCCGUGGUUCUGCAUUGAAGGGUUAAGGCAUAUGAAUCAAGGAGAUUGUAGUUCUCUCUGGCAGACUUAUUUUUAGAAAUUUUAGAAAUUAUAACUAUUGUGUGUGUGUAGAAGGGUGAUGUAUUUGUAUUUAAAAAAAUAAGUAUAUCCACUCUGGUAACUACUUGUCUAAGUAAAUAGAAAAUUUUAUUUUCAACUAAUCUUUGCUUAACAUGUUUUAUUUUAUGAGAAGAGGAGUUUCACACUCAUUCACUAUUUUGGUCAAUUCUUUAAAAUGAGGGCUAAUUUAUAUACUUUUUGUUCAUUUGUAUCAUACUUCAAAGGUGACACAGUAAAUGGAACAUACUUCACUAUAGCCAUUUGAGAAUUUGCCUAUUUUUCUAGUCUUUUCUAAUUUAUGGGACAUUCACAACAUCCAUAGCUGUAAGAUAUUAUUUCUUUUGUCACUCAGGAGAAAUGUGUCUCACUGCAAGCUGAACCCUUUGUUUUUACAGCUCCUAGUAGUUGUAGUAUGUUGAUUUACAGAAUACCUCCUUACAGGAUUCAUCUUACAAGGCUCAUCUUGAUUACAUCUGAAACAGAAAUAUGGUCACAUCAAAACAAUGUAUAAAGGGUUCAGUGUUGAAAAGAGAUGACAAAAUAUUCUUGAACUGAAUUGUCCAGUUUGUAGAUGGUAAAAUCUCUCUAGAGAGAUAAAGUCUUUAGUUCAGACUAAUAUGAAAUAAGACUUUGAAUUUGACCUAUUACAAGAUAGCAAAAUUCUGUUAACCUUUAUUUCUGAGUUCACAUUAAUUAAUUAAAAGACUGAAACCUAUGUAUUAGAAUUUAAAUACUUUUCCUUAUUUGCUUGCCAUUAUUAAUGUGUCAGUAUGGUGGUACAGUUAAAAUCCACUGGUUUAAGAAACAAUGAAACUUAGUGCUUUAAAAGAAAUAUUCUCCCUUUCUUUUAAGAAUGCCACAUAUAUUUUGUAGAUUACAUUCUGUUUAUUAUCAAAUAGAGCACAAAUGAAUUAACUGUCCAGGUUUCUGUUGAAAACAAUGAAAAUGUUUUUUAAAAAGUAAACCAGAAAACAAAUAGUCUUCUUUAUAAAAAUUAAUUUAAGUACACUUUAAAAUCCUAGUGAGUAGGGCUGUAGUUAUAGAAAUGUUUUAUUAUAAUGAGUACACAUGUUUUAUAAAAUAAUAAAAGUAACAUAUGAUUAUAGUAUUAGAAACAAUUCAGAUGAACAUUAAUUUCUCACUUUCAUCUUAUUAAUCUUUCCAACUUCUGCUUCUGAAGAUCUGAAUUACAUUAUAUCUGCCUCUUUAUCUACCAUGUGCCUGUCAACCUGUGUGUGUGUGUGUUGGAAAAGACUUGAUGGCAGAUAUACUAAACUAAUAUCGUUAAACAAUUGUCUUAAGAGAUAUUCAAAGAAUUAAAGGACAAUGUGGACAAAGUGAAGAAAAUGAUGUAUAAACAAAAUGGAAAUAUCAAAAAGAUAGAAAACCUAAAAUUGAACCAAAAAAAAUUCUGGAGCUGAAGAGUACAGUAACAAAUGAAAAAUUCACUAGAGGAAUUCAGACACAGAUUCAAACAGGAAAAAGAAAGAAUUAAUGAACUUGAAAAUAGGACAAGGGAAAUUAUUCUAUUUGGGAAAAAAGUGAAUGGAGCCUAAGGGACCUGUGAGAUACCAUGAAACAGACCAAAAAAUACAUCAUGGGAAUCCCAGAAGGAGAAGAGAGAGACAAAGGGCCAGAGAGAAUAACUGAAGAAUUAAUGGCUCUAGACUUCUCACAUUUGAUGAAAGGCAUGAAUUUAGACAUCCAAGAAGCUUAACAGACUGCAAAUAAGCUGAAAUUAAAGAGACCCACGCAAAGAUGCAUUAUAAUUACACUUUCAAAAACCAAAGAUAGAAUCUUCAAAGCAGAAAAAGAAAAAAAAAGUCAACACAUAUAGGGGACAAUCAGUAAGAUUCUUAGAAUACUUCUCAUCAGAAGCUUUGGAGGCCUGAAAACAAGAAAUAUAUUCAAAAUACUAAAAACAAAAGCAACUUGACAACUGAGAAUCCUAUUUCCAGCAAAACUAUCCUUCAGAAGUGAGGAAGAAAUUGUCACAUUUCCAGAUAAACAGAAGCUGAGGGAGUUUGUUACUACUACACCUGCCCUGCAAUGCUCAGGAAAGUUCUGCAAAGUGAAAUAAAAGGACAGUAUAUAGUAACUUGAAGCCAUGUGGAUAAAUAGAGACCUCAAUAAAGGUAAAGACAAUUAUAAAAGCUGAUAUUAUUGUAAAAUAUUGUAAAAAUGGUUUGUAAUUGCACUGUUUGUUUUAUACAUGAUUUAAGAGACUAAUAUGCUUAAAGGGAAAAAACGAUUAUCAUUCUAAUAAACAGUAUUAUCAUAAACUUG